CGCCCGAAAAGCGUUUUGUGUUGUGCCUAGAAGGCAGUGUAAGACAGUUGAAGGUUGUCGCAAAGCGGUGUGGUGCAUGCAUGCAUCACGUUGUAGUGCGUCGAAACCACGUGUUGUGGUAACAAACAUUAAAUUUGAAUAAUGGAUACUCACCAGAGUUCGAAGAAAAAGAAGGAGAAGAAGACCCUUGGAGAGGUUCAAGCUGGACAAGAUUUCGCUAUUGAACCGUCCGACAAGAAGGAAAAACUUGAUACUUCACAAUGGCCACUUCUUUUAAAGAACUUCGACAAACUCAACUGCCGUACUAUGCAUUACACUCCUUUGCCAUUCGGUUCAUCACCUUUGCAAAGAAACAUCAAAGACUAUAUUAGCACUGGUGUCAUCAACCUGGACAAGCCAUCCAAUCCCAGCUCUCAUGAGGUUGUCUCUUGGAUUAAAAGAAUUUUGAAAGUAGAGAAGACUGGUCAUGCAGGAACCUUGGACCCUAAAGUCACUGGAUGCCUUAUUGUCUGCCUCGAAAGAGCCACUCGUCUUGUUAAGUCUCAACAGAGUGCUGGUAAGGAGUAUGUGGCUGUUUUCAAACUGCACUCUGCUGUUGAAAAUGAAUCUAAGGUUGCGCAAGCCCUUCACAAAUUAAGAGGAGCAUUAUUCCAACGACCACCCCUGAUAUCUGCAGUCAAACGACAGUUGAGAGUUAGGACUACCUAUGACAACAAGUUGAUUGAAUAUGAUGCAGAAAAAAAUAUGGGUAUAUUUUGGGUAAAGUGUGAAGCGGGCACCUAUGUCAGAACAAUUUGUGUUCAUUUGGGGCUUGUUCUUGGAGUUGGUGGCCAAAUGUUGGAGCUGAGACGAAACCGUUCUGGGUUACAUGGUGAACAAGAUGGUCUCACCACUCUACACGACAUUUUGGAUGCUCAGUAUCUGUAUGAGAACCAUAAAGAUGAAUCCUACUUAAGACGAGUAAUUCUUCCUUUGGAAUCUUUACUUAAGCACCACAAGAGAAUUAUAAUGAAAGACAGUUCGGUUAAUGCUGUGUGUUAUGGUGCUAAAAUCAUGCUUCCUGGUAUUUUGAGAUAUGAGGAUGGUAUCGAGCUCAAUGAAGAAAUUGUCAUUGUCACCACAAAGGGAGAAGCCAUUGCAAUAGCCAUUGCUCUCAUGACAACAGCUACCAUAGCUAGUUGUGACCAUGGUAUAGUGGCUAAAAUUAAACGAGUCAUUAUGGACCGUGAUACGUACCCUAGAAAAUGGGGCUUAGGACCUAAGGCUUCAAUCAAGAAAGGAAUGAUCAAGCAGGGUCUGCUGGAUAAGUAUGGAAAGCCCAAUGAGAACACUCCUUCUGAUUGGUUGAAGGGUUACCAGGAUUACUCGGAAGUGAAAGUAAAGGAGGAGCCAGAAGAGACUAUGGCGGAGGAUAAUGGAGGAGAUUCAUCAAGAAAGCGUAAGCUUAGUGAAAGAAGUGCAUCACCAACAGAGGGUGAUACCUCAGUAGCUGAUGUUUCUAUUAAAAAGGACAAGAAGAAAAAGAAGAAGAAGAGUGAUGAAGCUGAAGAAGCUCCUGCUGAGGAAGAAGCCCCCAAGAAAGACAAGAAGAAGAAAAAGAAGAAGGACAAAGAAAAGUCAAAGGAUGUGGACAGCGAUUGAAUUUAGAUUUAAGCAACAAACUAGAGUUAUGAUUUAUUUUUUCCUUAUCCGAAUUGGGAAGAUGAUGUGAUACAAUUUAUUUUGUAUUUGGUUCUAAUUUUUUUCUUGUCACUGUACUGGUGUCUAAGCAGGCACAACAUAGAUGGAAUCUGGAAAGCAGAUUUUUAUUUUGUAUUGCAAGCUGCAGUGGCAGUAUAAUUUCUUUUUCAUUCUGUUUUAGAAAUUUACAUUUUUCAACUUCUAGCCAUGAAGUUAAGUUAGGCUAACUUUGACAGCCUCUACACUGAAACUUUUAGUGUGUCACAGUGGCUGUCAACUGCUAAAGCAAGUAGAGUUAUUGAAAUCAAGAUUGUUUGAAUUGGUUCACGAGACAGCAAGUGAGUCGUAAUCAUGAUGAAUUUAUAUGGUGUAUAGUUCUCCAAUUUGACGAUUACUCUGUACGUAUUGCUAGAGUGAAGCAAGACAUGUGCUUUCUGAAUCGGGAGUGUUACAUUUUAUUAAAAUAACAAUUAAAUCA